UGUUCAAUUUAUUGUUCAUUUCUAUGCCCUCUCAUGUCUUUCAUCCGAGACGAGUGCUUCGCGCGAUCUAGAUUUGACUCUGCAAGAAACAUUGAAGGGAUAUUGAAUUGAUUAAUAUAUUUAAAUCAUUGAGAAGAUUCUAUGGUAUUUAAUAGCGGUUGGUCACCAGUCAAGAAUAAAAGCCAAUAGAGUGCAAACAUCUAUAAGAGGAGAAAACUUACUAUGUUAAAAACGUUAAAAAUUUUAUGUGUUUUACUAAAAAUAUUUAUGCUAAUGAGGACGGCAUUCACGUCCUCUUCGAAGGAUCAGGAAGAUUGUCUAACUCAGGAUAACCCAUCCUUCAGAUUCAUCGAUGUCCAUGAGUACGUGUCAUCAAAUCACGAAUCUGUUCAGUAUUAUUUUGAAAACGACACUGUGAGAGAAAGAAAUGAAGUCGGAGAAUCUACACCAUCUUCAGAAAGCAUUCCAAGCGAGCCAACAUGUCCUAGAGCAUUUGUGGAAUUUAACGACAGACUAAAUCAGAAAGACAUUAUUGUGACAUUCAGGUGGAACAAACCUAAAUUUACAAAUGAAGUGAUACAAAAAUAUACAGUUCAAUAUUGGUUUUUUGAGAAUCAAAUAAUUCAUAGAAAAGUUGCUAUAAUCUCAAAUUUCACGAUAUUGCAACUUAAAGUGUACAAUUUAAAACCUGAUAAAGUGUAUUAUUUCAAAGUACAAGCGCAUAACAAAUUUGGUGCUGGAUCUUAUACUAAGUUUAUCAAUGUGUCGACUACACAUGAGAAUCCAGUACCUUUAUUACUCGUCAAAAAGAAUGGUAGAUUUUAUGUAUUGGAUAUAGAUUUACAGAUCGGCUUUGAACGUGAUAUCAAGAGACACGGUAGUAUAUGUCUAAUACCUACCAAGGAUUAUCGUGUUGAAGAAGUGCUAAUAACUGCAAACAGCAUUAAGGUGAACCUUCCGGAGCCGAAUCCCAAUGACGAAUACAAUGAUCUUAACAAAUUUGAGAAAUUUCAUGUUCAAACGUACGAACGGCAGUACGAAUUCCAAAAUUUGACGCAGUUGACAGAAUACACGUUAAAGCUGGCAUUGAGCAAUUUUUACAUCUACAAGAUAUCGAUGGAUUUGCAAUUCGGCCCAGAUGUAAAACUGAUAACUACGGGCAAGCUCUAUGCACCGGAUGAUGUAGUAGUUCAAGUUGUAAUGCCAAAUCUGGCGGUAAUUGAUUGGAUGCCACCGAAAAAAUUAGGUUGCGUGGCAGUGAAUUAUGAGGUGAAAAUGGUAAAAUAUCCAAAUAGCACUCAAGAAAAUCAAAAUUCGUUUCGCUUCAUAAAAGUCAAUAAACUAGAACGUACGACAAAUGACAAGUUUUUCGCGGUAAUUUCGUCACUGAUACCAAAGCAAAAAUACGAGAUAUACGUGAGUGUGUAUCCAAUUAUUCGCACAGAUGUCGUCACUGACAGUGUAAUAAAAACAGUCUACAUGUCCGAACCAAAUAAUUUAAGUUUGAAUGGGAUCGAUACAAACAGAUUAUGA